CAGCUCAUUGCGCUCUCUCUCUCUCUCUCCCUCUCUCACACACACCCCACACUAGCUUUUUCAACUUCUCUGCAAAACCUUUCAAAAUCUCUUUCUCUCUGUAACGGCACUUAUAAUACAGAUAGGGAGAGGGAACAUUUAGCAUAUUCAGACAGAGAAUGGGAGCAUGUGCGAGCAAGCCGAAGGAGUUGAAGGCGGAUACAGCCGCCACUGCUCCGGCAUCGGCCCCGGAGAAGGAAGAGGUUACCGCGGUUUCCGAAGCGGCGAAGGAGGUAAUAAAAGUUGUGGCUUGUGAGAAGCACAAGGAGAUUGUUGUUGAUGAUACUGUUGACGAUAACGGAAACAGGCGCCGAUCUCUCAGUCACCUGUUCAAAGAGAGCGAAGAAGGGAAAGACUCAGGUGAAAAUGAUAAGAUUUCAUUGGAGCUCAAACAGGAGCCAUCAGGGUCUGUUAAAGCUAUUGAUGUAUCUGAAACCCCUGCACCAGUUGUUCAUGAUGCUUAUGUGAAGGCUGAAUCAGAGAAAGCAAUUGAAGUAGCACCAGCUUCAGGGACUGAAACAUCUAAGGAGAAGAAAACAGAAGAUAAACUAGAGACAGAGACGCAAAAACCUAAAACACCUGAGAAGAAAACAGAAGCAAGACCAGCUAUGGAGGCCCCAAAACCUGAAACGCUUGAAGGGAAGAAAAAAGAAGAAGAAAAACCAGCUACAGAGGCCCCAAAACCUGAAAAGCCUGAUGAGACGAAAACAGAAGAAGAAAAACUAGCUGCAGAGCUCCAAAAAUAUAAAACAGAAGAAGAUAAACCAGCAACUGAUACCCAAAAACCUGAAACACUUGCGUAGAAAAAAGCCAGAGACAUGAAAGUACUAUAGAAGAAGCUAUUGAAGUGGAAAUUCAAAUGAAAGACUUCUAUCUUCCUUAUUGUUGAACGGUGAGUGCAGAUGUAAAGUAGUGAUUGCAGACGCCAAGAGGGGGUUGGGAUCAUCAAAACUGAUUCUUGGCAUUAAUUGUGAAGAGUAUUGCUUAUGUUGUUUCAUAAAUUUAUUGCAUUCCUCUCGAGUUCUUUCAAGUGUGUUCUCUUUACUUCUUUGUUUUCCUUUU